GAACGGCUUGGAGGGAUGACGUCACGCUCCAGGAUGGGUCGGGGGAGGUGGGGCCGGCUUCUCCAGCCUGCCCCGCCCUCAGACACCAGGACACUCCUGAUAAACAGUGCGCAGGACGCCGGGGUGACACCGGGGACCCCAAGCUGGAUCCUGGCGAGGGAAAGACUGGAGGAAACUGUGUCAGAGCAGUGAUAUCGAAGCUGCCAUUUACCCUGGAAAGCAUCCCAAGUGCCUGAUUUGCAUCUCAGGAACCUUCUAGGCAGAUAUUGUCCUGUGUGCCCACAUCCUUGCUUCUGAGAAACAGGUGGUGAAGCAACUCGGUUGACAAUACCAUGGGAUCCACCCCGGAAGGAAAAGACAGUGCUUUAUGGCCAGACACCCCCAAGGGCCCCCUGAGUGCCUACCGAGCAAGAGCUUCCUUCAGCUCCAAGGAGCUGCUGCUAUUCUGGGACGGCGAAGAUGUGCUCCAGUUCAAGAAAACCAUCUUCGAGGCUUUGGAGAAUGACCCUCUCUUUGACCGCUCCUGUGGGACUGAUCUGCCUCUAGAGAAGCAGCGGGAACUGAACUUCCUUCGCUGCAAGCGCAUCUUCGAGUAUGGCUUCUUCCACAUGGAUGACCUGUUGAAGGACCCCCUGAAGGUCCCAACGUUGAUUGCCUGCCUGGGCAUGUACGACUGGUCCCUGGCUAACAAAUGUGCCCUCCACAUGUUGGUGAGUAUGUGGUAGAGAGCAGGGAACCCUUCACAUCUCUCACCUGGCGUCACUUUAUGCUUUCGCGUUUAGAUUUUUGGAUGUUUUGCUCUGACUGAACUGAGUCACGGGAGUAACACCAAGGCCAUGCGGACCAUAGCUCACUACGAUCCCGCCACUCAGGAGUUCAUCUUACAGUCCCCGGAUUUCGAGGCUGCCAAAUUUUGGGUAGGCAACAUGGGCAAGACAGCGACGCACGCGGUGGUGUUUGCUCAGCUGCACAUGCCGGAUGGCCAGUGCCACGGGCUGCAUUCCUUCCUGGUGCAGAUUCGGGACCCGAAGACCCUGCUCCCCAUGCCAGGGGUGCUGGUCGGCGACAUAGGGAAGAAGCUGGGGCAGAAUGGCCUGGAUAACGGAUUUGCCAUGUUCCACAAAGUUCGAAUUCCUCGACAGAACCUCCUGGACUGGACUGGGAGUGUCAACUCCGAGGGCACUUACAGCACCCCCUAUAAGGAUGUCCGGCAGCGUUUUGGAGCAUCCUUGGGCGGUCUGUCCUCAGGACGCGUCUCCAUUAUUGGCAUGUCCGUGGUCAACCUGAAGCUGGCAGUGUCCAUAGCGAUCCGAUUCUCAGCCACGCGGUGUCAGUUUGGACCCACAGAUGAGGAAGAAAUUCCUGUCCUUGAAUAUCCACUGCAGCAAUGGCGCCUACUUCCAUACCUGGCAGCUGCCUAUGUCUUGGACCACUUCUCUAAGACGCUCUUCUUGGACCUGAUAGGGCUACAGUUUGGCCUGCUUGAGGGAAACAACAGUACCAGGCAGGCGGAGCUUGGACGUGAGAUCCACGCCCUGGCAUCAGCUGGCAAGCCCCUAGCCUCCUGGAUAGCCCAACAGGGGAUCCAGGAGUGCCGCGAGGCGUGUGGGGGACACGGCUAUCUGGCCGUGAAUCGGCUUGGUGACCUCAGGAAUGACAAUGAUCCAAACUGCACCUAUGAAGGCGACAACAACGUCCUGCUGCAACAGACCAGCAACUACCUGCUCAGCUUCCUGGAACGCCGGCUCCAAGACGGAGCUGCCUUCACAAGCCCUCUCAAGACAGUGGACUUUCUGGAAGCCUAUCCUGGAAUCUUGGACCAGAAGUUCACAGGCUCCAGCCAAGCUGACUGGCUGGACUCAGCAGCCCCUCUGGCAGCAUACCGCUGGCUUGUCUGCUACCUGCUCCAAGGGAGUCAUCAGAAAUUCUGUCAAGAGAAAAAGUCCAGAGGCAGCGACUUUGAAGCAAGGAACAACAGCCAGGUGUACUGUUGCCGGCCCCUGGCCCUGGCCUUCCUGGAGCUCACUGUGGUGCAGCGAUUCCACACGCACACACACAGCUCCAGCGUGCCUCCAUCUCUGCAGGCCGUGCUUCGGCGGCUCGGCAUGCUCUACAGCCUCUGGUCCCUGAACCGGCAUAUGGCCCUGCUCUACCGAGGUGGCUACAUUUCUGGUGAACAAGCAGGAAGGGCGAUGGAGGACGCCAUCAUGUCACUGUGUGAGCAGCUGAAAGAUGAUGCGGUGGCUCUGGUGGACGUGAUCGCCCCUUCCGACUUUGUUCUGGGCUCCCCAAUUGGCAGAGCUGAUGGUGAGCUCUAUAAAAACCUGUGGGCAGCCGUCCUGCAGCAGGACGGGGUGUUGGAGCGUGCCACCUGGUGGCCUGAGUUCACUGCCAACAAACCCUUGGCCAGCAGGCUGAAGUCCCAGCUGUAGACAUGGUGGCAGAGGCGGCCACAGCAGAAGCAGCUGACCCAGAGGCCUGGACCCAGGACACCAAGAUACCCACGCUGAAAACCACGCACACCGUGCCUCUUCUGGUCCCUCGUCGACCUGUCAUCCCCAUCCUCCAAUGGGGACAGGUCAUGUCCCACGUGGUGGGUCAAGGAGUUUGCACAGUGUGUCUCCCUGAGGGUCUUGGGAUUUUAAUGAAGGAUUUUACCCAUGCUCUCUUGGGAUACAGAUAGGAAGGAAAAAUCGGGGCUCACAAUGAAGGCUUCUGCUCAGGGGAACUUUGGGGUCCAUGGGAGAUUUUUGCAAAGCUCUAUUCUCUAUUCUGCCUUCUGAUUCUUUAACCUUUCUGUGGUGUUGUUACUUAUGGCUCUGUACCAUGGAGCAUGAGAACGAUGUCAUUUGAAGAUUUUUAUGGGAAAAAAUGCUUUAUUACUUAUUUUGGUAGCACCAGAAGUUUCCACUGAGGAAGGGCCCCCACAGGGGAAGGGCAUGGUGGUGGGGACAUCUAGCCUACUCACCAUGACAUCCCCACUGUGUCAGUGACUGGGUGGCAGUGGUUUCAGUCCUUUUAUUUCUAAAACAGGGGCAAUGCCCAGUGCCAUCUGUCCCCACCAAGCCUCCCUCAGCAAAUUCACACGUGGCAUGACCCUGCUACACUGGCCCCAGCCAGACCCUAGUGCUUCUGAAAGCUAUGGGGCCAUGCUGCCGUCCCUUCCCGCUGUAGGGAGGAUCCUGUCCUCUUAGCCUUUCCGAUGGGCUGUACUGAGGCCCAGGUGCUUACCGAGCCCAAGAGCCUCUUGAGCACCUUGCUCUUGGUCAAGCCCACCCCCCGCCCUGGCUCAGCCACCUCCCAGAGUUCCACUCCAGCCCAGUGGCAUGGGUGGGCUCUGGGGACCGCCACCUGGAGUCCCCGUGGAACAUGGGAACCAUGCGUUCACAGAUGAUCCCCUCCACCUGGAUCUGUGGCUUUUCCCAACAGCGAGGACUAAGUCUUAGGUCUCCUCGGGUCCUGCCAGCUCUUGGGGUUUGUGCUUUUCCCUUCCUGCCGCACAAUGGUCACCUCAGUCACCUGUGUGGGUGACUUGGGUUUUUUUGGGGGGGAGGCGGGGGAGCUUUACUAUCCUGUCCGAUUGGAGGCUGAGCAGCAUGUCACAGAAGUGGCUAAGGUCGGUAGAGUGUGGCAUUAAGAUAAGUCACGUGGUUCCCGGGGUGAAGCAGUCUGGCUGCAGAGCUUUCAUUGGUGGCUCCGAUGCCGACAGAGUUGAAGUGAUAGAAAAUGUAUCAGCAGUGAUGACUUCUGGGGGAGGAAGGGUCAGUUUUCUUUUAAGAGUGGCCACUGGUGGGUUGACCAUGCUCCAUUGUAUGUUCACACACCAAGAGUUUAUGUGCAGGCACAAAGUAGACUUGAUGGAUUUUUAAAAAUAUGUGUGUUUUCAUAUCCACCCAUUGGGUAUGUCUUUGUCCCUGGGGCAGAGACUGGCUCUCUGGACACCCAGACUUCGAUAGAUGUCCUGUUAGCUUGCAGGCAUCACAUGCCUUGCAAGGAGGAAGCCUGUAUCCUUAGUCACUGCCAGGGUACAUGUGCUCCACUCCUGUUCUGAGGGUGAGGCUGGUGGCGUGUGAAACAGGCCCGUGGGCAGGAGCCACAUUAUUGAGACAGACUUGUAAAGGUCCCUUAAAAAUGACACAUUUGUAAACAGCAGUAAAAACUUGAAUAAUUGCAAUAAAGUGUUGAAAUUGAA